GGGAAAUAAACAUGGGGGUAAUAAUGUGAGUUAGGAGAAAAACGUUUCCAACACCUCGAACAGACCUUCCAACAUGACAGCGAAAUUACAGCGCACGCUACCCACCCCAUGCCAUGGAGCUUCGAUCCCUGAUAUCGCCGCCAUCGGCCCAGACCAAGAAUCGGUCGCGUCGUGGAGAAAGCGAUGUAAUAUCGACUGCGAAAAGCAGAUUCGAUUGGUCAAGUUGUCACAUAUGCGGUACCAGCACCCGGACUUGAAUGGGAUUACAACGUUUCUACAGGACUUUGGGAUGGAGGUUGUUAAGAGGACGGAUGACGGGGUCUGGUAUCGGGGGUAUGGGACAGACCCGUAUGUGUACUAUGCACAGCAGGGGGAGAGGAAGUUCCUGGGAGGGGCUUUCGAGGUGGAGUCGUACCAGGACUUGGAGAGAGCUGCACAACUGCCUACAGGCGGCGAAAUACAAGAGCUACCGGAUGCUCCUGGUGGAGGACAUAUGGUGACUCUCACCGAUCCAGAGGGAUUCCCGGUCAAUCUGAUCUAUGGACAAGUUCCAGCUGGGCCUGUUGAAUACCGUAUGAAGAUUAUUGUGAAUACAGAGUCUGACAAGCCGCGGGUUCGGAGAUUUCAGCGAUUUAAACCCGGUCCCGCCGCCGUGCAUAAACUCGGACAUUUCGGGCUUUGUGUCCAACGAUUCGAGGAAAUGGUAAACUUUUAUACGAGUAAUUUUAACAUCGUCCCCAGCGACUUCCUACAUGUUGAACAAGAAGGACAGAGAAAGAACGUCGCACUCUUUGCGCACAUCGACCGCGGGGCUGACUAUGUCGACCAUCAUAGCUUUUUCUUGAGUGCGAACGAGACGUCUCAUGUGCAUCAUUGCUCUUUCGAGGUUCAUGACUUUGACACGCAGAACCUUGGUCACCAGUGGCUGGCUGAUAAGGGAUAUACGUCUGUUUGGGGCGUCGGGAGACAUAUCCUCGGCUCCCAACUUUUCGAUUACUGGUGGGACACUACUGGUAAUAUGGUGGAACAUUAUGCAGAUGGUGACCUUAUUAAUGAAGAGACGCCAAUUGGGUACGGACCUGCGGGGGAUGAAUCGCUGGCAGUUUGGGGACCUGAAGUGCCAGCUUGGUUUUUGAGGUAACCUAAACAGAAGAGAGCUCUACUUAUUAUGUUAACCUACAAGUAGAC